UUGUUGCAUGAAAAUAAUUCUAAUAAUAUAUACUUAGGUUUAGUAUUGUUAUGAAUAGAUCAUACCAGUCUUAACACUGAUAAAUGGUUACAUUUGCAUUUGGAAAUUUCAAAUCAAACAGCAAAUCGUGCAUGUUCGUGUUUCAAUUUAUAAUUCAACUCCGAAAACUCUGCAAAACAAACCUUUAACCUAAAAACACAUGAAAUCGCUGCAAAUUGUUUUCUUUCUUAUAAUAAUAGUACAUUUUCUCUAUAAACAUGGAGUGUAUAGUGGCCAAUGUAGAAAACUUUCGUUUUGAUAUAGAAGUUGCCUUAGAUGAGCAAUUUGGAGCAUUACCAUUGCCAUUCUCUGGCAUGGACAAAUCUAUAGCUGCUGUAUGCCAAUUUUACUCUUCACCAAUGGGCUGCCAAAAAGGUCCUCUGUGUCCAUUCCGCCACGUCCGCGGUGAUAGAACAAUUGUCUGCAAACAUUGGCUGAGAGGCCUGUGCAAAAAAGGAGACCAAUGUGAAUUUCUUCAUGAAUAUGACAUGACAAAAAUGCCUGAAUGCUACUUUUAUUCGCGCUUCAACGCCUGCCAUAACAAAGAAUGCCCCUUUCUUCACAUUGAUCCAGAAAGCAAGAUAAAAGAUUGUCCAUGGUAUGAUAGGUUUUGCAGGCAUGGUCCACAUUGUCGUCACAGACACGUGCGUCGCGUGUUAUGCACAAAUUACUUAGCUGGAUUUUGUCCGGAUGGAGCUGACUGCAAAUAUAUGCAUCCCAGAUUUGAACUGCCAGCACCACCAGACCAGAACAUGAAAGAUUUAAAGAAACCGCCAGUGAUUAUUUGUCAUUUUUGCGGUGAACACGGCCACAAAGCGAUUCACUGUAGUAAAAUGGGCAAUGAUGGUCCACAUCAUAUGAACGAUGGUCAUGGUGGUAUGCAGGACGGACCGCCACAGUAUCAGCGAAUGCCUCCCAAGAAAUUAGAAGAUGUAACGUGCUACAAAUGCGGGAAUAAAGGACAUUACGCUAAUCGUUGUCCGAAAGGCCAUCUGGCGUUUUUAUCUCAAACUAAAUCAAUGCACGAUAAUCAUGAUAAACAAUAAGACAUAUUUAUUAUACGAAAAAAUCCUGAAAAUCUGCUAUUUGUACAAUAAUUAAGUAUAGAAAUAGAUGAAAGAAGACUCAGAACGA